AUGGCGGACGACGAUGAGCCCACGUUCGAUAAGGUCGAGUCAGGAUCCUCCCACACAUACCCGCAACAGUGCGGAGAGCUUCGCAAGGGAUCCAUGGUGAUGAUCAAGGGCAAAGCCUGCAAAGUGGCAGAUAUCUCCACGUCGAAGACGGGCAAGCACGGGCACGCGAAGGCCCACAUCGUGGCGCUGGACAUCUUCACGGGGAAGAAGUACGAGGAUCUUUGCCCCACGUCGCACAACAUGGAGAUUCCAUUCACGAAGCGCACGGAGUACCAACUGCUGUCUGCUGACGAGUUUACUGGCGAAGUCAGCUUGCUUCUGGAGUCUGGCGAGACGAAGGACGACCUGAACUUGCCCACCUUCGUGAAGACAGGCGAGCCAACCGAUGAAGACAGGAAGGUGGUCGAGGACAUCCUGAAGAUGCAGGAGGAUGGCGAUUCCGUUCUCGUCGCCGUGCUCGCGGCCAUUGGACAGGAGAAGAUUGUCGGCGCCCAGAGGUGCCUGCUCAGGCUGGGCUGCACGGAGGCGAGGGCUGAAGGCUUGGUCCAGAGGAUAUCCUGGCGCUACUGGGACAUGGCGGACGGCUGCCCACUUCUUGAGAUUGUGCUCCGCUCCAGCAGGGCGACGCCCUUUUCGGUGUUGCCCGGCGCAGCGCUGACAAUGCUGCUGCAGGGCACCCGUGCCGCUGCUGCCUUGCGAGUCGCUAUGGGCCCAGACGAGUGGACAGGCCCCGCGAAGACUCCCUGGCGCAACCUGCUGGCCCUAGACGCCAAGGCCGAGAGCAAGGUGAAGCUGCCCCCCGCCAGGGGGAGCCGCCCGCCCGCGACGAGGGCCGCCGCGGUCGACGCGGCCCGUUCGCCCGCAGAGCCGGAGGCCGAGUACGUCGCGCAGGACCGGCCCGUCGCCCUGGCCGCACUGCGGCUGCAGCCGCGGGCCUGCCUCCUGGCGGCGGGCGCCCGGCCUGCCGAACAGCUGCCCCAUCGGCUCGGCGGCGGGAGGCUUCGGCUGGCUGCGCAGCGUCGCGGCGCAGGAGCCGCACCGCCGAAGCCAGAGGCCGCCCCGUGGGAAGAGCGGAUGCGGUCCAGGGCAGAGCGAGGCAGCUUCGUGGGCGGGAAGUGGGUGCCGGCCACAGACGCCAGCGAGGCUGCAGCGGGCGACGGCGACGUCUCGCCGCAGCCCGCGAGAGCGCCGCGGGCCGGUGGGCCGCCAGCCGCGUCGGCGGCGCGCGGGCCUGGCGGCCGGCAGGCCGCGAAGUCCAGCACCAGGCGGCAGGGCAAGGACGACAAGGCGAAGGCCACGCAGGCCAAGGCGAAGUACAAGCCCCCCGCACGCGCGGCGGCGCCAGCGACUGCGGCGACGCUGCCGGAGGAGCCCGAGGGCGCCAUCAUGUGGCUGCCCGAGCUCUUCCAGACCCUCCUGACGCUGGCGGCCUGGCUGCCGCUCGAGUUUCCUGGCGACGCCCCCGGCAUCAGCAUCUUCUCCCAGCCAGAUUGGUUGCUGCACUGGUUCGACGGCCCCCUGCUGGCCACCACCUUGCUGGGGAUCUUGGUGAGUUGGAUCGGGUGGGGCAUACAGUCGAAGAGCAAGAAGGAUCUCGGCCCCGACGAGGGCAUGGCGGGGCCGCUCGCGCAGGAGGGCCUCUACGGCGUAGUGCGGCACCCCAUAUACCUCGGCUACGUGGUCGCCGUGGCUGGGCCGUGCAUCGUCACGCAGAGCCCGGCGCGUGCAGUGGUGGCCGCCGCGCUGGCCGCCGCGCUGCUCGUGAAGAUCGGCCGCGAGGAGGCGCAGCUCGCCAGGCGGCACGGCGACGAGUGGCGCUCGUACUGCAGGACGGUCCCGAACAAGUUGGUGCCGCUCAUCCUGUGA